ACAGAUGACUGUGGUCUUUGCUGCAAAUCGUCCACGGAAUCCUUUAGAAUAAUUCUGUUCUGGCGGAAUAUUGAAAUCGAAGACUUCGAUGUAUUAGAGGAAAUAUAAAAAUGUUCUGGCAUGUCCGCUAUGUAAAAACUAUACAAGAGACUGGUUCAUUUAUUAUAAUUAUGACUUGACGCUGUUUUUUCCCAGGUAGGACUUAGCUAUAACUAAAUACCCAUAGUAAUUCUGAUAUAAAUGUCGCUCUUAACCAUGAAAAUGAAGUUAAAGGACAUUUGAUGUGUUCAUAAAGGCACUGAGCUGUUUGAUGAAUGUACGGAAUAGCCUUCGACAAUAUAAAAAAAAAAAAAUAUGACUCUGCAUAAAGGCAUUGCUCUAUGGUUGAUGAAUGAACUUAAAAUAAACAGUUUAAUAUAUUUUUAUGAUAUAUUUUUCAAUGAUAUUGUAUAUUUUGGAUGUUAUAUUUUCAUAUAAAGAGAUACAGAUUAAAUACCUGUUUAGUAACAAUCAACCAGUUUGAAUUGACACCUGCAUUGUCAUCUAAA